AUGUCUGUAAUUUCUGAUAGUGAUAACGAAACAGAUGUCGUCUCAAGAAGUUUAUGUGGUGUCGUCGAUAUAGGUUCCAGUGGUAUCCGAUUCAGUAUCUCUUCGAAGGCAGCUCAUCAUGCUAGGAUAAUGCCCUGUGUCUUUAAAGAUAGAGUAGGAGUGUCCCUACAUGACGUCCAAUAUGAACCUACUACGUUGAAAAAGAUUCCAAUCCCGCAAGGGAUUAUAAAUGAAAUUUGUGCAGCUAUGAAGAGAUUUAAAUUAAUAUGCGAAGAUUUUGGUGUUCCUGAAUCAAGCGUAAGAGUUAUUUCUACUGAUACUGCUAAGAAUGCUUUAAAUGCAGAUGAAUUCUUGAAUGCAAUCUACGAAAGUACAGGUUGGAAUGUAGAGUUAUUUUCUAGAGAGGAAGAGGCAAGAACCGGUGUUUAUAGUGUAACCUCUUCAUUUAAUACAGUAAGUGGGUUAUAUUUAGAUAUCGGUGGAGUUACUACCCAAAUAUCAUGGGUUAUUUCAGCAGAAGGAGAAAUUUUACAAUCAUCCACCCCCGUUUCGUUAAAUUACGGUUCAAGUUCGCUUUCAAGUAGAUUAAAAUUGGAAGAUAGAAGGGCGAUUUUCUUCGAAAUAAAGAAUGCUUUCAAAGAAGCCAUAGAUAAAAUAUCUAUUCCCGAACAUAUGUUGGAAGAAGCAAAGGCAAAUGGUGGAUUUGAUCUAUGGACUAGAGGGGGCGGAUUUCGAGGAAUGGCUCAUUUGUUAUUGGCUGAAUCCAAAAGCUAUCCAAUCCAAACGAUUAUUAAUGGGUUUUCAUGUAAUUAUGACGAAUUUUCAUCAAUGGCAGCGUACAUAUUUUUGAAAGACCAUAUCCCUUUUUCGAAAGAAAAGAGAAUCUUUAAAGUAUCAGAACGAAGAGCACAACAGAUGCCGGCAGUCGCACUACUAGUAAGUGCAGCGUUCGAAAGUUUACCUCCAAUUAAAACCAUCCAUUUCAGCGAAGGUGGUGUAAGAGAGGGAUGUCUUUAUUCAAUUUUGCCAAGGGAUAUACGAGCUCAAGAUCCGCUAUUGAUUGCUUCAAGACCAUAUGCUCCUUUGUUGGCUGAAAAAUAUUUAAACUUACUAGGUACUUCCAUUCCACAAAAUGAAAUCCCUAAAUUAGUAUUGGAACGCAUUGCUCCAGCGUUAUGUAACUUAGCGUUCGUUCAUUCCUCUUAUCCUAAAGAGUUACAACCAACUGCUGCAUUACAUGUUGCUACAAGAGGUAUUAUUGCCGGCUGCCAUGGAUUAUCGCAUAGGAUUAGAGCGCUAAUUGGUAUUGCUUUAUGUAAUAGAUGGGGUGGUAACAUACCUGAACAGGAAGAAACAUAUAUGCAAGCUCUUGAAGAAAUGGUGUUACGUGAAGAAGAAAGAAUUGAAGCGAAAAGAAUCAUUUGGUGGACGAAAUAUAUUGGAACUAUUAUGUAUGUUAUUUGUGGUGUUCAUCCAGGAGGGAACAUAAGAGAUGAUGUUUUUGAUUUUUAUGUCAAACAACAAACUCAAGGCCAAAAUUCAAAGAGUGAUCGCAUACCAAAGGAGUUACGUAGUAUUGCGUCAUAUACGGCGGUAAAUCCAUCACCGAAACAUCGUGAAUUUGAAGUAAUUGUAAGAAUUAGUAAAGACGAUCUAAAAACAAGUGCAUCGGUAAGAUCAAGAAUCAUUACAUUGCAAAAAAAAGUCAGGAAACUGUCUAGAGGUAGUUCUGAAAAGGUAAAGAUAGGAGUAAUGUUUCAUGAGUAA